AUGCAGCAGCCACUAUGGGAGACUAUCGACGCCCCACGGCCACCAUCGGAGGCAGUCACGGUGCUGUACGGCCGCGAGGACGGCAAGCUCAAGGGCGUCGAUGAGGCGCUCCUUCUCGAUCCGCCCGUCGCGCUGGUCGACCCGCACUUCCGGCUGCGUGAGCGCGAUCACGAACCGACGCUGCGCCACAUCCGCGCGGAGAAUGCGUACGCGGAUUCUGUCCUCGAGGCGAUGCCCGGUUUUUCUACAACGCGCGAGGGGAUCUUUGCGCGUCUGCGGGCCUCAAUGCCGCCGCCCUCGCCGCUGCUCUGGUGGCGCGGCGCCGACGCUGGCGGGUGGGAGUACUCGACACGGCCGUCGCCAGCAGGCCCGCACCCGCUCUAUCUGCGCCGCCGUGCCAACGCCGCCGCCGUUGAGCUGAUCCUUGACGCCAACGCGGCGCCCGCGCGCCUGCCGUCUGCUCACGACCCACGGAUGAGCUACCUCGGGUCUGUCAAGGGCGUCUCGGCCUUCGUGCCCUCGCCGAGCGGCCGUUACGCGGCGUACACUGUGGACGUGACGGGCGAGGAGCGGUUUGGGCUCAUGGUGGUCGAGCUCGCGCCGGUGCCCUUCUUGGAAGGUGCUGGUGGUGAGUCGGAGCGGCCGUUUGAGAUGGUGGCGCACGUGGCGGACGUCGACGUGGACGUUGCGUGGGGAUCUGACGACAGCGAGCUCUACUACGCGAGCAUGGACGAGACCGGCCGUCCGUGGCGGCUGCACCGGCUACGCCUUCCGUCGGCGACACGCGCAGAUAGGAAGGAGGAGGUGUUGGAGGAGCGAGCGGCGUCGGUGGCGUCGGCGGCGGGUGGGUUUGGUGGUGGGUUUGGUGGCGGCAAACGGAAGGGCGGCCAGAGCGGCAAGGGCGGUAAGAUGGGUAAGAGCGGAAAGGCCGGAAAGGCAUCUUCCGCCGCCUCCUCCGACGCCGCCUCCGCCGCCGCCACCGCCACUUCCUCUACCGUCUUCGAGGAACGCGACGCUCGCUUCCGGUUGUCGUUUCGGCGGGCGGCCGAGGGCUCGCGGCUGCUGCUGCACCUAGCCUCGCGAGAUGCCAGCGAGGUCUGGGCGCUGCCAUUCAUGGCAGCUGCCGGCGACGAUCUCGCGCCUGAGACCGAGCGGCGGCGUUGGGCGAGCGGCGAGGCGAGCGGCGGAGCGUGGCAUUGCCUAGCUGCAAGAGAGGCGCGGCUGGUUUACACGGCGGAUUAUGGCGUCCGACCGCGAGCGGGGCGGCGCGAGCGCAAGCCCACGACGUUCACCGACGUGGUCGCGUGCGCGCGCACGCUGGUCGCUUCGGGCCUCGUCCGUGCGGAUUCGCUGGCGCUCGAGGGGCGGUCGGCGGGAGGGCUGCUGGUGGGGGCGACCCUCAAUCGCGCUCCGGAGCUCUUUGCAUGCGCGCUCGCGUCGGUUCCCUUCCUCGAUGCCGCGGGCACGCUGCAGGACGGCGCGCUCCCGCUCACGGCUAACGAGUGGGAGGAGUUUGGUAACCCCAACGAGGUAGGCGGCCACGCGGCCGUCCUCGGAUUCUCGCCCGUGCACAACGUCGUGCCGCGCGCGCGCUACCCUGCAUGCUUGUUGCUGCCGGCCCUCAACGACGCGCGCACGGGAUUUUGGGAGGCCCACAAGUUUGCGAUUGCGAUCCGCUCCAACGGCGCUGGCGUCGAGGGCGGCGCGGCGGCGGAGAAGGAGGAGAAGGAGGAUGCGGCGGGGGCGGGCGUGGCAGCGCCGCGACCCGUCCUGGUGAGCACGGACGAAUUCGGCGGGCACUUCCGGCCUGCGGACCCGGAGGAGCGGGCGAGGCAGCGCGCCAAGGAGCUCGCGUUCAUCGUGUGCAGCCUAGUGGGACCGCCGCGUAGGCCGGCGGCUGGGUCGGCAUGA